AUGGCGUCAAAGAAUGAAGCGCACGCGCGUAUCAGCAACAUCAAAACCGACCUCCAAUCAAUCUCGACAUGUUCCAACGCCACAGUCAGCGCGCUCCAGGAAAUUCUCUCGAAAAAGGAAGACGAGCCACCACAGAAAGAAAAUGUAAAGGGCAAGACACAGACGACUGCGCGGAGGAGAGCAGCGGCGGGUGCGGCUGCCGAUGCCCAGAAACAAAAGACAUACACAAUUGCGCCCAGGGAGAAAUACAUACUGGCUACCGAAGUCGCAAACAAGACCCUCCAAACACUUGCUGAAGCACUCAAGAACCCAGCACCAGUAAUCGCCGCCCGUCUCCCUUCCAAGUCGAAGCCAGCACCCACCGAAGAUGCUCGCAAGCCAGCGCGACCCGGCCAAGCAAAGACCCCGCCACUCUCACAACAGCCUCUCCGCGAACGAUCCGCCUCUCAGGUACACAAUUCGCCCCACAAACGCGCCCCGCGCCGGUCGUCGUCAUAUUCGUCGUUCCUGUCCCCAGGCCCUGAUCCAGGCCUGGUCGCCACGGCCGAGUGCGCAAGGACGGCAUUCGCAUUCCUGGGUACCCCAGAAGCAACAAAGGUCCUGGGGAAAGAUUCUAGGGAGUUGCAGUACGAAAAUGGCGUGCUUGCGCUCAUUGGGAAGCUCGUUGCACACGGUCUAGAUAACAUGGCCGUCAAAGAGUUAAGGACCUUGAAAAGGAGGUUGGAUAGAUACAUUGGCCGUGAUACUGCACAACAAAAUGGCGCUAUCGACAAGGAAAGCUUGGCUUCACUUUUGGACUUUGCAGUCAUAGACCCCAGUAGCCCUGUUAUACCACUGGCCGCCAGCUUCCAAUCAUACACAUUGCGUAUCAUCGCCAAACUAAAACGACCACGAACAAUUGAAGCCACCUGGGAAUUCCUGAAACCCACCAACCCGUCCUCACCUGCGAAUCUACUUUUGAGCACUGCAAAGUCUCCAGCCAGCCAAGCUAAAGUGGCUAGGCAGCUUGAGUCGUUAGCCCAGACUAUUCUCUCACUAUGCCCGAGUAUUUCGAGCGCGGACGACGCAAACACUCUGCAACCAUCUGCAGAGAAAGUUUUGCUUCUGCAACAUCUGGCCUUCAGUGUGAGAAAGCAGUGGUGGGGCCUCGUCAAACACCAGAGUAAUGAGGAACAAGAGCUGUCAGAGCCCUUCGCCAAGUGUUUGAUCGCCUUUGGCCGGAGAUCCCAACUUAUUCCUAUCAAGAAGUACAAGCUGGCCGAGACUUUGUACACAGACCUUUUAGGAUGGUCUGAUGGUGCCACUACUUCACCAAAUGGUGCUCCUGCAUCGGCCACCGCGAGCAAGACUUUGUCCUCACUUGCCCAGGCUGCGGGAUUGUCUGACCAGGCUCUUCGAUGGCUAGGCUCUUCAACUUCCUCCACCACGUCCAAAACUCCCGCCGUGAAGCAAACAGCGAGGACGAUACGAAUAGCUACCAUCACUAUAGAGGCUUACGUCAAGGGCGAAAAGAAAAAUGAUCUGAACGACGUAAUUACGAAUGCCCUCGAUGCCUUGAAUGGAAGCCUGGGUGGGUCAGCGGCGGAUCUCGAGUCGCUCUUUGCAGAAGUCAAUGCCCUGAGACGAGCAGCAACGAAGAUCCUUAUUGCACGUCUGUCUAAGCCUUCAGACGACGACGAAAAGCUGGCCGUAGCGCAGCAGGCUGUAUCAGUCAUCGCUGCAAGUAUUCAUUUCUCAGCAAGGUUUGUGGGUACAACAUACCCACAUGAAGCCGACUCAAAAACACAAGGUCAGCACCACGAACGGGUAACUUUGGCCUGGAAAUACAUGAAGGGUGCCAUUGACUCGGUCAUGGCAUGCUGCAAACAGACCAUCAAGACUGAGGACGAGUGGAAAGAUUACGACAUAUUGUUACAAGAAUGCUCACACGUACUUCGUCGUUUCGAGGAAGAGACCAAGGAUGGAACUGUCUCAGCCGAGGAAACCGAAUCUAUCAUUGGAUCAUAUUUUGUCAAAUUAUCCAACGGUUACUGGGCUCUCUAUAUGCAGCUACGGAGGGCCCGCUGCAAACCCGAUACCUUGGUCAUGCCUAUGCGGCGCUCCAUUGACCUUGUACAAUCAAGAGACCCAACUGAGCAAGAGAGCGGACUUCUCUCGAUGAAGCUUGAGCAACUAGGUGAGACCUUGGAAGAUCUCGGCCAAGUUGAAAGCUCCCGCGACGCUUUUCGACAAUGUAUACAAAGUCACCUCACUGCAGAUAUCCUGCAACAGCUUUCCGAAACUGCAGCAAAGUCAUCUCUUUCCACAACAUUCAGCGAUACCGGUCCAUUUAGUGUAAUUGCCAGGCUUCUGAAAGGUUACCAUCAUUCGUUCUUAAAGUUUGGGAUUCGCCAGACGGAUGAAAUCGCAUAUUUUGACAUUGGCACAAUUCAUGCAGACGUCGAAGGAGCUUUAUUGGAGUUGCAGUUGCACUUUAACUUACGAACUUUGUCGAAAAAUCGGAAAUGGGACUCGACCCUAGACAAAUCAAUUCGCAGUUUGAUCGAACGACUCCGUAUAGUGUACGCCCAGGAAACCUACCCGGUUCGACGACUGAGGUCGUCUAUCGCCGUUCUUCAGCUUCUACAAAGCGAUCCGCAAAUCUUGUCACAAGACAACCAAACUUCUGGCUUUGAUUGGGACGAGAACGUAGGAACAGAGCAGUCUCAAGACCAAGCAUUGAAGGGAUAUCAAGCUCAUCUAAAAGCACUUUACGAUCUCAAAUCCUCGAUGCAGCAAUCAUCUCCUCCUACGUCAACUCUUCAGCAAUGCUUUGCCACGUGGGAGUCUCUCGUCACCUCUGCAUCUUCCUGGGAUACACUGAGUGAUCGAAUUGACGACAUAGAUGUUUGGCUAAAAGAUCUUCAUGCAUGUGCAGAAUAUCUCAAUGCAAAGGGCGAAGAAUACCUCGCAUUGCCGCUUCUCCAUCUUUUAGUGAACAUUCUUGAACUUCAAAAAAGUGCCGACGGAUCCGAGCUCCUCACCACACUGUGCGCUUUGGGGCUACAGCUGCUGCGUCUUGGUUACACUGGGAAAGCAGGCCUCUGCCUUGCUAAAGCUGAAGCACUGAUCAAAUCCCGGACCUGUUCUAUCGAUGCCAGACUGGAGUGGCACGUGGCAUAUGCAGAAUAUCUGCUGGGUGUAGGGAAUCCGGCGAAAUGUUCGGCGAUAAUGGAAAAUGCCCAAUCUAUUGCACUUGGAGACUCCAAGUUUUUGGACUUGGCGAAGCCGACAACCACACUCUCCGGCCGGUUGCGGUUCAACAGAAUAGUGGCAGAUGCUUCCUAUGUUCAUUCGUUGUUUGCUACUGCUGCUGGAUCAUACAAAGAAGCGGCUCGGCAUGCGAGGCAGUGUAUCACACUGAAUCGGCGUAUUUGGGCUGCCCUCGAAUCGCGGUCAAACGCCAAGAAGGCUGCAUCUGCAGACGAACUUGAGUCCGAAGCAGAUGGGCCGAGCAAAACAGCGUUUGACCCGUUGAGUUCUCUCCGUAUUGACAAGGGGGUACCUGUUGUCAUGUCUGUCACCCACGGCGCCCUUAGCGGACCUGACUUCUGGGCUUUGGUCCCAUCCAUGUACCGGGCUCUAAUGCAGCAAUCGCAAAUCUUUGCUCACCAAGGGUUGCUGCAUGAGGCCAUUUAUGUCGCUGAACAAGCUGAGAAGGUUGCUUCUGCAACACAAUCUGCGACACUCAUGACUGACAAUGCCAGCUGGCGUGCUGACUGUUGGGCCCAGAGCAACAGACCCGAUAAAGCUGAGGCUAUUCUGAAAUCGCUGGAUGCGCCUACUUCACGCAAAUGCUUAUCGACUGCCGGCUACUAUUCUGCUGUUGCCAGAACACAUCACUGGAAUGGUCAGUAUGAGCAGGAGAUAGAGUCAUACAAUCUCAUGGAGCAGCUUCUGAAAGAUUUGAGUUCGCCUGUAUACAUGAAGACUCUAGAGUCUUUUUCCCCUCCGGUUGAUGCGCUUACAGAUCAGUUGUCGUCCUUGACAGUGGAUACCAAGGUAACCAAAGCAAAACCGGCAACAAGAGGCCGUAAGCCUGCGGCCAAAGCCGCACCACGGACAACCGCAAAGUCUGCCACCGGUACCCGGCCUAGAGCAGCUACAACCCGAGCUGGAAAGACGGCACCGAAACUAACCCGCCAACCUAGUGCUCCACCAGCGUCAGAGGAAUCGACCACUACCGACCAGUGUGCCGGAUUGUGUGUCUUCCAAGCAAGCAUGAGGGAUCGAGCUGUACUUGCGAAUAUCCUACACGACGAUCUCACUGAAGCUCUGAAGCUUCUUGGUCAAGCGGAAGACCUGCAGAACGGGUUGAACCAGGAAGUAUCGCACAUGUGGGCUACUUUCAAAGCGAGGCUUGCACAGAGCGCAAAGCAGAUUGCGGAAGACUUCACUGUCAACACACUUCCAGAGUCGACAAUUGCGUUCCCUGCCUUUGGUCUCAAAGACUGCAGGCUUUCCGAGGUAGAGCCUGUCAAGAAAGGGACUCUUGUGUCUUCUGCUAUUAGCAAAGCUGGCCGAGCAAAGAAGCAACCAAAAGAGGACUUUAUGGACACACUCCGCGAAGCACGAGACAGACUUGUAGAAGCGCAUGCUCUGUGUGCCACCAAUGGCUCGAACCAUUUAUUCCGCCAGACUUCUAUGGCGCUGGGUCAUGUUACGGUGCUCAUGUCAGCUGUGGCGGGUAGCGACCUGCCAGGCUCUCUACACCCGAUGUAUGCGGCAUACAUGAGUGAACUACCCAAGGUCAACGCAUUGAGGCUUGUGCAGGAGUCGACUGAGGCGGAAAAAGAGCAAUUAUCCCGCGACGAGUGCAUGCAAUGGCCGGUGACAGAUGCAUCAAGUUUUUCAUUUGCGUCAGUAUCGGAGUUUCAAAAAGAUUACGUUGACAUCAUCCCGGAGACGUGGAAUGCGGUAUCGUUGGCUCUUAGUGAAGCCCGCGAUGAGCUCUUCAUUACUCGUUUCGAGAAGGGUCUGUCGCCAUUUGUGUUGCGCCUGCCAUUGGCUCGCCACGCCUCUCGCGACAUGGACGAGGACGAGUUCUCGUUUGACGACGGAAAGAGAGACUUUGACGAGAUUAUCGAGCUCAGCGACUUUAGCACGCGAAGCGCCAAGGAUAUGACUUCGAGGGAGGCAAGACAACAGUGGUGGGCUGAACGUGAGGCUCUCGACACGCGGCUACACGAGCUACUCAUCAACAUGGAGAACAUCUGGCUUGGCGGCUUCAAGGGUGUCUUUUCACAGCACGAGAGACAACCAGUUCUGCUUGCAGAGUUCCGCAAGUCACUGGAGAACAUCCUGAACGAUCACCUGCCGUCUCGGAAAAAGAAGAGUCAACAAAAGCGACCGGUACUGGAUGCACGAGUUCUGGAGCUGUUUAUUGGGCUUGGGGACGCCACCAACGAGGAACUCGACUUGGAUGAAGCGCUGAUGGAUCUGAUUUACUUUGUUGUUGACAUCCUCCAGUUCAACGGUGAGCGCAAUGCAUAUGACGAACUCGAUUUUGAUGCCAUGGUGGUCGAGACGUAUGAAGCUCUCCGGGCGUACCAUAGUGCAUCACACAAGCUGGAAGCUGCUUGCCGUCACACGAUACUCAUUUUGGAUAAGGACUUGCACGGGUUCCCAUGGGAGUCGCUGCCAUGCCUAGAGCAGCUAUCAAUCUCUAGACUACCCUCGCUUGCGGCCCUUCGCGAAAGGCUGCUCUCGGCACGACCGUGCGGAUCCAAAGCGGAGACUGCGCCGGCUGGCCAUUACAUUUGCUCCAAUAUGAGGGGGACGAGCAUGCUCAACCCAUCAGGGGACCUGGCACACACAUCUAAGACGAUCGCGCCGCGUCUAGACCAACUCCAGGGAUCAUGGGAUCGCAUUAGCAAUCGGGCGCCAUCAGAAAAGGAGUUUGAAAGCAGUCUGCGAGAAAAGGAUCUAGUGCUGUACUUUGGUCACGGCAGCGGUGCACAAUAUGUCAAGUCCAAGGCAGUACGACGACUGUAUGCAGGCCAAGGAGACGAGGAGGGCAGGAAAGCAGGAUGUGCGACGACGCUACUGUUUGGCUGCUCUUCCGUCCACCUUAGUGAAAACGGCAUAUUUGAACCGUCGGGGAUGCUCGCUUCUUAUCUUACUGCCGGCGCACCGGCUGUUGUGGGCAUGCUUUGGGAUGUCACGGACAAGGACUGCGAUCGCUUUGCCGUCAAGGCUGGCGAGCUAUGGGGACUGUGGCCCGAGUCGCAAGACGACAGUGGUGGUCCGGUGAAGAGUGUGGGCAAGACGCCUGCAAAGAAGGCUAAAGGCAAAGGUAGAGCUGGGCAAUUGAUAGACGAGGUGGAGGGAGUGCGAAGUGGGGAAAGCGCAAAGAAGGGCAAAAAGAUUGCCAGGGCAGCAGAUGGCGAUGGUGGGAUUGAGGGCGAGAGACCGAGGGGAGUCGGGCUGGACGAAGCCGUCCGGGAAGCACGCAAGGCCUGUGUGCUGCGAUAUCUCAACGGGGCGGCUGCGGUGGUGUAUGGCAUCCCUGUGUAUCUAGAGUAG